CACACGAGGAGGAACAAGCCAUGCAUUUCUUUUCAGGACAACCCUCACCUUUUUUCCGUCUGCUUGGAAGAUCCAUACCCAGAUGCUCUUGCAGCUACAGCAACCUGGUGUAUCCUUCUCUGUGUAGCCCUUCGUCCUUUUUCAGCCUCUCCAUGGGAUUCUAAAACUGCCUGUCUACUGUGAAGAAGGCUGACUUUAUCCUGGCCUAUGGCUCCUACCUCUUGCUGGACCUCUUGACCUUGACAGAAUCUUGGAUUAUUCCAGAAAAUACAGCUGCACCUGCAGCACCCUCCACCCACUACUUCUUCUCCCACAUCCCUCGACCCUUUGGCAGAGGUGGAGGCACAAGCCAGCUCAUCUCUCUAUGACUUCCAUGUGCAACAAGUCAGCUGUGUAAUCCAUGGCAACAACCCAGACCCUGGCCUUGAACUCUGCAUCUAACAAGCCCUUCACAGACACUAACCUUGUCCCACUGCGGGAGCGGUACAGUGGCACCAUGGGGAGUGUAGGCAGCCUGAUCGAAAAGCCAGAUACCUUGCCUGAGCGAAUAAAGGGCCAGUGUUCUAGACCACAUGCAGGAGGCCAUCAGCAUGAAGGUCUGCUUAGGAAAGGAUUCACCCAACAAGAGCUCCUCAACUACCUUAACAGCAGAAUGGAGCCUAAUGCCAACAAGCACAUCACCUCUGACUUCUCACAAUUCAAGAGGGAAUGUGGCGCUGAGCAUGAGAGCAUCUACUCCAAAGUCUACCACAAGAAAGGGAAGGAGGUGCUCAUGAACAAAAACUCACCACCAGUUGAGUUCAAGAAGUCUCACCUCAAGCCAUCAGCUUUUAAGCUUAUCUCUAACAAGAACUUCAGCUCCAUGCAAAACCUAUGCCCUGCAAAAGCUAGAGAGCUGGAAAACAGCCUGGCCAAUGGACUGCAUAUGUCCUAUGCUAAGGUGGCGCCCACCUCUGUGGGUUCUUCCUUAUCAUCACCUUCUCAUCCUGACCAGGGCAGGAGGAAGAAUGCCACCAACAGCCUGAGUCAGGAUGAAGAGACCAUGUCUGAUUCAGGCCACAAUUCCAUGAAUAGCCUGCCACCCUAUCGCCCCCCCUUCCGGCCCCACUUGGGCCAGAUCAGUGCCUCAAUGGGCCACAUCAACCACAUUGGCUCUUGGGACCACAUCUCCUUGAGCUCUAAGAGUGGUGCAUCCAUUGCCACAGAUAUGCCACCUCAGAGUAUGGUCACCCUUAGCCAGCUGCAGUCCUACGGGAGUGAGGCAUCCCAAUCCUGUGAGCUUUCUCACUCCCUAGAGGAUGUGGUGCAAGACCUGGAGGACCAGCUGUUGGAGAAGGAGCAUGAGCUCAAACAGAUGAGGAAGAACCUGGAUGAAAGUGAGGAUGCCAUUGCACAGGUGUUUGAGGGGAAGCAAAGGCUGUGGGAGAAGGAGGUGGAGGAGCUGAAGCGGCUGUAUGCCACCAAGUUACGCCAGGUGUCCCAGUAUGCCCAGCAUUCCCAGCAUACCCUGCAGCUGCAGCUCAACAAGGUCCAGCAGGACUGUCAGCGUUUGCAGGAGGACCUGGAGGCGCUGCAGAGGCAGUAUCAAAAUCUCAAGGGCCGACAUGCUGACAUCAACGGUCAGGAGCAUAACCUCCAGCUAGAAGAGUCACAGUGGAAGGUGUGUCAGAAGUCAGGAGAGAUCGCUUUGCUCAAACAGCAGCUGCGGGACUCCCAAGCAGAGGUGGCACAGAAGCUAAGUGAGAUCUUCUGCCUGAAGACACGGCUGCAUGAGGCACAAUGCAAAAUGCGUGCCAAGGAUGACCAGAUUGACAUGCUGCAGCUGGCCCUGCAGCAGGAGUCUCACCAUUCCCCUAAAGAGGUUCCAGAGGCACCGGAUGGGAAGGGAGGACCUCGAGGGACUACUCAUGGUGGUGCUGAGGAUAGGCUGCGAGCAGAGCUCAUACUGGAGCGCCGCCAGAAUGAGGCCCAGGCCUCUGCCUUUGAGGCUGAGCGCCGCAUCUGGCAUAUGGAAAAAGAGAAGGUGAUCCGCUACCAGAAAGAGCUGCAGGCCAGUUACUUGGAGAUGUACCACAGGAAUCAAGUUCUGGAGAAAGAGCUGCUGCAGCUAAGAGGAGGAAGCGAGAGACAUGAAGGUUUUGGAGGGGGGGAGCACCUACCAUCCGGUUUGCCGUGGAUAGACAGAAUUGAGUCAUCUGAAAUUUGACAGUGACUAAAAGAUGGGAUGUUUUAAAGAGCUGGUCUAUAGUUUCUACUGGUCAAUAAGCGCUGAAGCUGUACAGUUGCUGUACAGUUUUGAUUUGCUGGAUGGUUGAAUAAAACCCUCCCAUGAUGAGCUAGUGAGCUUUCAUGCAACAGAGCUUUUUUACAGACCUACUGCAGGUAAAAUGAUGACUUAAUGACAGCUCUUGUGGAUCAAGCAACACAUUUUUCUAACCUUGUGUGGAUUGGUGCAAAUGU